AUGGUGUCCACGUUUUUCCAGGAUUUCUCCUUUCUCGUCACCACAGGCUUUCCCUUCUUCGUCGGCCUCUUUCUCACCCUUCAAUGCGGCAAGAAGCGUCAUGUCGAGCCGGGCGGAAGCUAUCGUGAUGAUGGUGUCUAUGUCAGCCAAAAGUCGACAAAAUCUGUCAAGUCGACCAAGUCGGCCAAGUCGGGCAAGCUAGCCAAGCCGACAAAGUCGCCGACCGCUGAGCGGAUUCGGAAAGAUAUGUCGAAUCGCGGUUCGGUGCGGAAACGCGAGAAACCGCCGCCACCUCCAGCCGAUGCUGAUCCAUCAUCUUCGAGGAGGAAUCGCGUUCGUCGAGAUGCCGAUCCUACUCAAGAUAGCGCCCGUUCCGAGAAGAAAAAAGGCGGCAUCAGCCAACGCCUCGCUGAGCAGAAGAUUGUGAAAUCCGUCAAGUCGGUGAAGUCGCAAAAGUCGGACAAGUCGAACAAGAGCCAAAAGUCGACCCGUAGCGACAAAUCGGGCAGCUCGAAGAAAAACAAGUCGGCAAAGGGCAAGAAGGUGGACACGUCCAAUCGAUCGGCUAAAGGACCGGUGAAGAGUGAGAGCGGCAAGAGCAGCCGAAAAGCCAAGAAAAGCCAGAAGAGCCAGAAGAAGCCGGAGGGGUCGAGUCGUCGCAAAAUAUUCAGCCUGAAAAAGCCGCCACCUGCCGUACCCCUCGUCCCCGCCGAGCACACCGACCAAACACAAUCACCAAUCACUGAACAAACACAACAAGACGACCAACAGCCGGAGAUGAACAUCAACUUCGACAAGCCACAAAAGCCACUCGGCCUCGCUUCACUUUUGCGGGCUUAUCGAAGCGAAAAGGAAGCCGGAUUUGGAGUUGAGCCCACCCAGAAAGAAGCGCCCGUUCGAGCUGCACAACUUGGAGCAGUUCAGCAAGCUCAGGCUCAACGCGUUCAAGCUGCUCCUGAAGAUCUUCCGCAAGCUCGAGUUGAAGCUCCUCUACGUGCUCCCCAAGCCCUAUCGAUGCUUAAGCCGUCUGAAACCAAACCCAAAGCUCAGAAAAUCACCCCCAAAAAGCAAGCACUAGAAGCGAAGGAGAAGCCGAAAAGGAAAGGCUUUUUUGGAGGGAUAUUUGGAGGGAAAAAGGAGAAAAAAAAGGAGAAGACACCGAAGAAGAAGAAGACCAGCGACAGCAAGGAGGCAUCCAAGGAAAAGCCCGCCUCCAAGAAGCAGAAAAAAGCCAAAGCCCCAAAACCCACCAAAACGGAGCAAAACCCGAAAAACCGGAAGUCGGAUGAAGUCGUCAAGUCGUCGUCCGGCAAGAGGAUGGCUGCCGUUGUCGCC